AUGCAGAAACUGUCUGAUGGAGUUGUGAAAACGAAAGAUGGUCACUCCUUUGCCAUUCACAGAGUUUUACUAUUUCAACGAAGCGACUAUUUUAAAGCACUCUUCAUGUCCAACAAUUGCCAGCGAACUGAGUUUGUGAUCCCUGGAAUCCAAGGAACAACGCUGAAUGAAAUACUGAGAUACCUUUAUACGAAUGAAAUUCAUUUGAGAGAUGAAAACGUCAAAGACAUCCUAGUGGCAUCUGAUUAUCUUUUGCUCGACCACUUAGUUGAAGAAUGCCGAAUAUUUGCCAUGCAAAAGAUGUCAGUCCGAAAUUGCCUGCCAUUGUUCAUUGCUUCGUGGGAGGUUGGUAGAAUUCACCUGAAUAAGGAAUGCUAUAGAUUUGUUCAAACGCAUUUCGAGUCAGUCCUACAUGAGCACAGAUCAGUCAUUGGUGAACUGUCACUUCAAGCUCUAAAGCAAUUUUUGGGCGAUAAAAGUCUCAAUGUUUCCGGAGAGAAAGCUGUGUGGCUGGCUAUCGUUAACUGGGUUGAAAAAGACAUGUCUCAGAGACAGCAGCACAUUCCCGAACUUUUGACGAACAUUUCACUAGAAGACACUGAUGAAGAUCUAGCUACUGAAAUUCUACAUCAUGACUUCAUCCAGAAAAAUCCAUUUUGCUUUGACCUUCAUUUUGAUAGAAAUCCGAAUGCAUUUAGCAUCCGAAAAGUUAAGUUCCUGUCAAACUUUAUUAAAAAUCAACCGAGUAAAGAUUUCGCAGUAAAUAACUGCAGGUUACCAAAAUGUCUGUACGUUAUCAUCAACUACUUCGCUAGCCACAACACAGAUGGAAUCAAGUUGUACCUCACCUAUGAUCAAGAGAUAGAUUUAUGGAGAAACAUUGGGGAAGUACGAAUGUGCCCUGAUAACUUUAUAUCGAUAGGUAGAUUUUUGUAUGCGUUCGCUUCAUUUGAAAAUCAUUACGAGAGGUACGAUUUAGUGAAUAAAGAAUGGUCUCCCAUGGCACCUAUGACAUUUCUCCGGCACCAGUUUUGCGUGGUGCGGCAUGAUAAUUAUAUAUACUCCGUAGGAGGACUAAUAUAUGAUCAUCAAGUUACAGACUUCGUCGAAUUUUAUGAUCCUAAUACGGAUGUUUGGUCAGAGGCAACUAGCAUGAUGGCUGUGGAUUCCUGUUGUGCUGCAUCGGUUAAAGGAUGCAUUUACGCUAUUGGAAUUUGGACUGAUGUAGAAGGUGAAAGGAUAAUGGUCCAAGCUUACUAUCCAGAGUUUAAUACCUGGCAACAAAUGAGUGCUCCAAAUACUUUUCGGCGUAAUUUUACUCUUGCUGUGUUUGAUGAGAAACUAUAUCUUAUUGGUGGUGAAGACGAAACAGGGUUCUUGAAAACUGUCGAAGAAUAUGAUCCUUCGAGCAAUUCUUGGCGCCAACACGUAGAUUUGCCUUUUGCUUAUUUCCUACCAAAGGCGGUCUUGCUGAAAGAAUCUUUGAUAGUAUAUGAUAAUCACGCAGAAGAUCGAUGGUAUUAUCACACUAAUCCUCCCGUUCAAUGGGAUAGAUCUGAAGCUUGUUGGAAGAUUGUAAAUGUUUCUUCUCAACUGCAAAACCUCCAUUUAUAUCAGUUUUGCUGCUUGGAAGACGUAGAAACCAUUCGAGUCCUUAUGAAUCAGUGCAGGGUAGAAGACGUCGAGUUUUCCAAAAGCCCAUUUUCACAAGCAUUUUUAAACUCUUAA